CCCGUGGCCCGGAUUUUCAUCCUGCAUAGACCAAUGCAAGUGGAGAGUGGAACAUUGUGGUAGGGCUUUCUACACUGGAAGGGCACAGGGGGGAGUCUUGCUUCCCCCAGGUCAGUGGUUUGACUGCUACAUCUGGACAUACUUCAGUUUAACAACCAGAGCCAGUCCAACGGAAGGCAUUUCUAGAGAGCAAGGGACCUGCAUUUGGCAGUGGCCAGGCAAUACAGCAAGGUUUGAUUUAGCACAUUAUGCUGAGGGAGGGUCUGAUGAGGCAAGAGGGCAAAAAGAUUGACUAACAGGAAAAGCCUAUCGGAUUUCCAACCUGGAAGAUCACUGAAUCUCUUCAGUCAAAUUUCUCAUUAUUUUGCUUCUUUGUUGCUUAGGGUGGGGGUGUUCGGUGCAGGUGUUCAUUAGUCUGCUUAUCUGCUGCCCCCUACCUACAUUAUGCUGCACGACGACCUCUUAGUGGAGUGCAAGAUUGAUGAGGGAGAAAUCCCAAGAACUGCUGCUCCAGCACCCCUUCCUGCAGAGCCACCUCCCAAAAUUGAUGUGCGGGAUCCUCAUGGAAUAAAUCAGCACCUGAAGGUUGAUUUUAAUGACGUCCUAGCUGAGCCUUCCUCCUUUCACAGUUUCGAUAAGGUCUGGACCUGGAGUGACAUCCUAUUUGAAGCCUCUAAGCUUUGGUGUUACCGUAUCAUUUCUCUGCUCUGUGCUGUCCCCGUAUCCAUAAUAACUGGUUUCCUGUUUGCUAUUCUGGGCUGUCUACACAUCUGGUGUGUUAUCCCUUGUGUCAAGUUGUGUACCAUUAGUAUGCCUCCAAUCCGCACACUCUGGAACAGCAUUCUGGAAAUCAUUGUAGUACCAGUAUGUGUCAGCAUUGGCCGCUGCUGCAGCAGUAUCUACAUGACUGUGUCUAAACAAUGAAAGUCCCAGACAUACUCAAGGCACUACCAGUCCUGUAGUUUUGAUCAAAGAAAUGGAAAUCCAACAACACCAAGUCAUGGAAAGAAAAUAUAUUUCAUUAUAUUGUAUGACCAGCUGAACUUUUAGUCUAAAGGAAAAGUAUGGCAACCCAGUUCAUACCACCUUGUGAUUAAGUGACCCUUUACUUUGAGAUCCAAGAUGUGUAUCAUGUGAGUUUUUAUACACACAGAGGUUUGUAUUAUGUGUUUUUAAGAUUAAUAAGUUACUGUAAACUGUCCCAGUGUGACUGCACCUGGCAAUGGACCAGCUUCAAAUCCAAGCCUGCUUCCAGCUUUGAGUUCCUACAACAGCAUGAUGAGCAAAUUGAUAAAGAAAACGAACAGAUGGACAAAAUGAGCUAUAUACACAUUUACAAGGCUGAAAAA